CUUCUUCCGUAUGCCCCCACAAAACAACGUUGAACGUUCUUGCGUCGGAGAAUUUAAGGUGUGUGCAGCAAGUCGAGGUCCAUCGGAGGCCAAUGAAUUUGGUCGGUCUCGGAUGAGAAGCUCGAAAUGGGGGCGCCGUCUUCCUCCAUUUCCAGAGCUCUCGCGAGCAAGCUCCGCCGCGGAGGAGCCGCCUCCGCCGCCGCCGCCCCUUCUCUCCGCUGCCAGCACUCCGUCCUCCGAUCGCCGCCGCCGCCGUCUCGCUUCUUCGCCUCCUCCUCCGCCGUUGCCGACUCUGCUUCUCAGGCUCGAGGUAAAGAGAAUGGGUCGAGGUGGUCCAACUGGCUGCUUUUCGUUCCGGGAGCUAUGGCGUUUGGCCUUGGGACUUGGCAGAUUUUCAGGAGACGGGACAAGAUUAACAUGCUGGAAUAUAGACAGAGGAGAUUGGAUAUGGAACCUAUGAAACUUAAGGACGUAUCUCCUAGCAACAAGGACCUGCAAUCUUUGGAGUUUAGGAGGGUUUUCGGCAAAGGAGUUUUUGAUGACAAAAGAUCAAUAUUUGUGGGACCACGUUCCCGAAGCAUUUCGGGAGUGACCGAGAAUGGGUACUAUCUAAUCACUCCCCUUAUGCAAAUUUCAGAUGACCCCGAAAGUGUAAAGUUUCCAGUUCUGGUUAAUAGAGGAUGGGUACCCCGAAGUUGGAGAGACAAGUUCCUUGGAACUUUGGAUGAUGCUGGAAAGCCUACAGAUGCAUCAGAAACCUCUGUGCAAAAGAGUGAAGAAAAAUCUUGGUGGAAACUCUGGUCUAAGAAGCCUAAAAAUGUUGAGGAACAUGUUGCUACUGUUGCAUCGGUAGAGGUUCUAGGAGUCAUUCGCGGGAGCGAGAAGCCCAGUAUUUUUGUUCCUGCAAACGAUCCAGCGUCUUCCCAGUGGUUUUAUGUUGACACUGCGGCCAUUGCUCAUACUUCUAAGCUCCCUGCUGAUACUCUCUACAUCGAAGAUAUUAAUGAAAUGGUGAAUCCAAGCAAUCCGUAUCCUGUACCAAAGGAUGUCAACACCUUGAUUCGCAGUUCAGUGAUGCCACAGGACCACCUAAAUUAUACUUUGACAUGGUAUUCUCUGUCUGCCGCAGUUACGUUCAUGGCCUUCAAGAGACUUAGGCAAAAGAAAAGUUGGAGAUAGCAAUCCUUUUGUGAUGAUUAAUCUUAGAUGAAUCUGGGGUCCAACAACUUUCUAGAGAUUAAGUACAGAAGUACGAAAUCUCCAUGUGCUUACUAACUUACCUGUAUCAUGGCAGAUUUAACAUGAAGAGAGGACUGUAUAACAUUUUUCCCAAAUUCAAUCGACCAAGCAGUUUGACCUGAAGCUGGUUAGCAGUGCAGUUCACUAUUGGAAGAGUUUGUUUCUCAUUUGUUUUUCAAAAUAAUGUAAAGAAAAGCUCUUGCUCUGAAAACUGAUUGGGUAGGGAGUUUGUUGCUGGAUGUAUUAUUCAAAUGUGCUGAAAGUGAUUUUUUCAUUGUUAAAUUGUUAUGCUACUAUAUUUUUUCAUCUUAUUGCGACUAGUUUUUGUUUAA